CCAGGUAUGCUUGCAAGAAGAUUUCCAGGAUUGCAUGGACGAUAUGAAAGAGCACGAUCAAGUCGAUUCGGUCGAAUGUCUUCCACAUUCUGGACAAGAAGGCGACCAAUUUUGAUCACUUUGGCUGUCUCAUACGGUGUGAUCAAUUAUGCAUUGGUAAAACGUGAUGCUUAUAUCCGCGACCACAUUCAUCCGGAUUCUUGGUUAGUGAUGAAAGUAUACCCUGGAGCAAUCGUAGAAUGCAAAUCAACACCAUCGCUUGCACGCUUGUUGUCAACGCCUACACCUGGUGAAGAUUUACCAAGACAGAUGGACUUGUUUGAAACAUUACGUGCUAUCAAAUGGGCAAGAGAUGAUCCAAGGAUCAAAGGACUUUUUGCUGAUUUCAGUGGACUGCAUGUUCCUUCUUCCGUUGUACCUGAAUCACUUGGUCUUGCACAAAUUGAAGAGCUUAUUGCUAAAGAGGGACCAUCUGAGAUCCAAAAAGCAGAGGAGAUCAAACCUCAAGCAGAUGAAACAGUGACGAUCGCCUGGGCCGAUACCUUUAACAGCCAGGGAUCUUACUUGCUCGCUAGUGCGUUUGAGAAGCUAUACGUUCAGCCUUCGGGAUCUAUUCCAUUGACGGGUACACGUAUGGAAAUUCCCUUUUUCAAGAAAGCGUUGGACUGGGUAGGUAUUAAGGUACAUGCAGAAGCUAGAAAGGAAUUCAAGUCGAUGGUAUCCUCUUUCAUUCAAGAUGAAGAGCUGCCUCCAGCGCAACUGGAGGAUGAAUCACGACUAUUGGGAGAAUUGAGCAGAAGCAUCGCUCAUGGUAUUGGAGUGAAUAGAUAUCCAGAUAUGGAACACGACGCCGCUGCUGACAAAGUCAUGCAAAUGACCAGAGAAGGUCCAUUUACCGCAAAAGAUGCAGAAGCAAAAGGUCUCAUCACAGCAGCAAAGUACAAGAGAGAAAUUCUGAAAGAACUAGGCGAAGAGCCGAAGCUACGGUCUCUGUCAUCUUAUUCUAGGGUAACAAAUACUCUUUUGGAACGCAGAUUGAAUGAAGAUGAACGUGUGAAUGUCGCAAUCGUGUAUCUUUUGGGCGGCAUUAGUAAUGCUCCGGGUGAGUUUGCCGCUUCACAAGCUAUCAAAGGAUUACGUGAAGCAGGUGAAGAUGAAGAUGUGACCAGUAUCGUUCUACGUAUCAAUAGCGGUGGUGGUGAUGUAGGUGCAUCAGAUUCACUUUGGGAUGCAGUAAAGAGGGUUCAAGAAGAAUACAAGAAGCCCGUCAUUGCCUCUUUUGGCAAUAUUUCCGCUUCAGGUGGAUAUUACGCUGCUGCAGGAGCAGAUGCAAUCUUUGCAUGUGAAUCUACGGUGACUGGUUCGAUUGGUGUUGCAAGUCUACGUCCAACGGUCACAAAGAAGUUUUUCGAUAGAAUCGGGAUAAGUAUGCAAACCAUCUUUAGCGGCAGUAACAUGUUGAGCUUAUUCCAUGAGCCGGAUGAGGAAAACAGAAGAAGACAUGCAAAGAAUACGGAUGAUACCUAUGAAGACUUUCUGGAGAAAGUUUGUACGGGUCGUAGUAUCUCAAAGGACGUCGUUGAUGAGCUUGCUGGUGGUCGUGUAUGGACUGGUUUGGCCGCUUGGGUACAUUGUAACCCUGUGACCGAGUCGGAUGAAACAGAAAAACACCAGCCGUUCUCCAAAGCGACUGAAAAAGUAGAAAGCAGUGAAGCCAACAAGUCCGAACCUCAAUCUGGUUUGGAUACGCUAGAUCAAGAAAAUCAAGAUCUGGAGAACGCACUUGCAGCCGUUCCUCCGAUAAAGAUUGCCAACUUGCACAAUGACUGGAAAGCUGUCAAUGUUGGAAAGGCGGAAGAAAUGAAGACCUACCAGAUCGAAUCAGUUCCUUUCCCCGAAGAUAGCAAGCAGAAUGUAAACUCUCCCAAAGCUAAGGCAAACCAAGAGGAAGAGGCGGAAGAGUCAAAAGUCAUGCAAGCUAUCCAUGAAGCAAUAGAGACCGUCGUCGGAGAUGAUGAUCUGGACGAUGAAUCACGCUUAGCAAAAGCAGCACAUGAUGAAGCCGAAAAGACAAACGGCCAUAACAAAGAGAAAGAUGCGGAAGGGGCGGUAGACAUAAAGAAGGAGCCCGAACUGGGACCAUACGGUAGGGGACUGAUCGAUCAGAUUGGUGGAAUUUGGGAGGCUUCCCAUUAUGCCUUAUCGCUUUCGGUUCAACGUGAAAUUGACAGGCUGGUACAAGAGGAAAAUAUGACGUUAGAACAAGCAAGUAGAAAUGUAUUCCCAGGCGCCAAACGUGAAGUGUCGGAAGAUGGCGUGAUGGCUCUUGCAACGGAUCUCCGUUUGGUACGUUAUCCCAAGGAAAAGACAUUCUAUGAACGGGUAGCAGAGAUGAGAAAGAAAGGUGAUGAACCGCAAUUGUCUACAUUUUUCCCAAGUGUGGCUAAU